AUGCCUCCUAUUCGAACUCGCGAUGGCGAGAAGAAGCCCUCCGAAUCACGAGCAGAGCCCGCCUUCAAGAAGCGCAAGGGUUUCAGUGUCGGCCCUGCAAACCUCCCCGAUGGCACAUAUCGGCGCAAGACCCAAAAAAUCAAGUCGGACCUGAUCCAAAAGGCCAAAGUUAAGAAAGCCUACGCCAAGAUCAAAGCCCAAGAACUCGCCACCAACACAUCAAAGCCCAUCUUCACCACGGCCGAAGAAGAAAAUACCGAAGACAAGCCCGAACCAGCUUCACUGGAACUACACCCUGACCGUAUCGCAAUGAUGAACGAGCCAGAGCCCGCGCCCGAACCUGCGCCGCGACCAGAACGUCGCCCCCGCGACAGAAGAGAGCGGAGACCCAAGCCUUCGGCGUUUUCCAAAGAGAUUGAGGUUGCGGAGAAGCGGAAACAGGCUGCCGAGGCGCGGCAAAGAGCUAUCGAGGCGAAACAGAAGGAUCGCGAGGCAAUGACGCGGGCUAAGCGACCGGAUCAAUUUGGGAAGAGGCGCCUGGGACGAGAGAGUAAUGUGCUGCUGAGUCGGGUGCAGCGCAUGGUUGGUCAAUAA